UCUUGUGCAGCUCUGUGACUUCCUUCAGUCAGUCAGGGACAAGUUCACCUCCAUCUUCGCCUUUAGAUUUCAAUUAAUAGCUCUGCAGCAUAACCUCAACACCAUUGUCGGGAUUUAUUUGCGCAUCUCGCAAUGAGCGGGUCAACGUUCGAAACACCGGAUCAACACUAGAAAAUCCGCGUUACGCAUGAGUUUAAGCCAUCACCGUUACGCGUGAAUUCCACCAUCACUCGUUAGGGAUGAAGGUUACCUUUGGCUCUCUGGUGAUCACAGCCGGCAUCUGCGGUAUUUUGAGCUUCGCUUCUUUGGCGACUUCCCUCGGAACCAAAUAUUGGUACAUAAUCGAGAUGAAUCCUAUGAAUACGAGCGACUUUGAGGACUUGAGCUCCCACUCGGGACUGUGGAGCAUCAACGAAGGUGGAAAGAUGACGGCAGACGCUGACUCCUAUACAGCUGACUACUCUAGGUACUCUGAGAUUGAGCGGAGCAUGCACAGUGCAAUAGUGGUGGUGCUUCCCUUCAGCCUGGUCCUGUUGCUGUUCGGUGGGAUCUGUGGAUUGGUCAGCUCCCUGGCUCGGAGCCCCGUCCUGCUCACCCGGACGGCCGUCUACUUCUUCAUCUGCAGUCAGCUGACCCUGAGUGGUGUGAGUCUCUACAUCGUCUACUCGUACCAGGCCCUGGCUGAGAUCGAGAGGGUGGUGGGGCCGGAGGGUCUGGCCUAUAUUGACACCUCCUUCGGCUGGUCUCUGGGUCUGGCCGGGCUCUCUUACGGCCUGGAGCUCCUCACCGGCGUAUUGCUGCUGGUGGCUGCAGGAAUGGCCAAGCGGCAGCAUGGCCGUCCCACCAUGACCUGACACAUGCAACACAUUCAGUACGGAGGAUUGAACUGCACUGAACUGCACGUGUUGCCGCCAUGUGGUUCAGCCUUAGAACAAGGUAACAAACAAUAGCUGGACACGAUUAAGGCUUUCACUAAAUAUACAUGUUGAACUAAAGAUGUUUUGGACUGUUCUUAAAAGAGUGUUUUAUAAGUUAAAUGUCUAAAUUAAACUGCUUCAGAGUGGCGAUCUGGUGAUUUACAUCAAGUGAAGUGAAGUGAAGUGGAGGGGCUGCUCUGAGUUAAAUUUGACCAAUUGCGCCCUCUUGUGGUUAGAAUUGAAGUGGCUCCUUAAAUCCACCAUGUGUUCACCUGAUCAUGCUUAUUGUCGUAUAGGAAUGUAAUGUGCCAAACUAAACUGAGAAACUCACACUUUAAAAAACUUUCAUGAUAUUUUAGAUCUAUAGAUACAUUUUUAUUCUCACAUUUCAUAUCGUCUAUAUUUCUAAUGCCGAUCAUUUGUUGUAAGCUGUAUUUGUUUGUUGCUUUUUGAUUUUGAGUUUGCAGCGUUGGAACACGAGUAAAACUUAAGUGUUGUAUGUAUGAUAACAUGUUAGCUACAUGUUUUUCGACUGAAAAUGUGUAAUAAAUAUUUGUUCCACAUAAGUGCAGUUUAAAAAUGUUACAUUGCAGCAACAUUGGUUCUUUGAGAACGGUUCCCAUGUUCCUUCAGUACUGCGGGUAUAUGAUCCACAACAGUGUCUGUAUCAUUCAGUGUUUUUACUUCUCAACCAGUUUCUAACCAUUGAUCUAGUCUCUAGUUUGCCAUUGUUGGUUACUUAAAUCUGUUUCACAGCAGAGAGAGAGAGAGAGAGAAGCUACUCAUCAUGUUUUAGUGCCAGUACCAGAGUCUCUCUCUCUUUGUUGCCCUGAGAACUGCAACAAAACAUUUGCACACACUCCAAAAAAAGACCAAAUAGAUUUCAGACAGACAUAUUUCAGGGCUUGAAAUAGCAGCACUUGUGACCGUGAGAUUUGAACGUCAAAGGCAGUUUGUAUUCUUUUGGCAGCAGUAGUGAGCAGAGUGGGACAACCGGAUUCCUGCUGCUGUCACUCAUUAGCUCGCUGAAAAACACAAACGCACGUCACCAGAUACCUUUUUUUUAAAUUUUUUUUUUUUUUUUAAAGAUGUUCCUAUGGCAACCUAAACAUGCUGUGCAUCCACACAAGGGAGGAAAAGUGUGUGUGUGAGAGAUUCUGGUCUAAACAGCUGCUGCUUCACUGCAGGAGCAUCUGCUGAAAAGAUUUAUUUUGGGCAUCAGAUUCAUUUAUCUAAUCUAAGAUUUUAAAAGCAAGAAGGCCUUUUUUUAAGCUCUAAUCUUGAUAUAUUUUACUUUAUUACAUGAGCUGCUGAGAGAAAAUCCUUCAGCUGAAGUUUUAAAACAUAGCAGCUAUAUGUUGACAUUCCAAUAUACAGUCACUUUGAAUUAAGAAAGAAGAAAUGGCGUAUUUUUCUGUCAUGAACCCAACUCUGUCCACUUGAGAUUGUAAAUAAUGACAGUACCACGGUCUUCUUCAAUGGAUGAGACAAUCGGUGUUCCAAUGAGUCAUUUUUAAUGAGAUGAGAUCUUCCAUGCCUCCUUCAAGAACAUCAGUGUUUCUAGAACAUGCCACAGACUGGCUGUCUGCUCAUUGAUACAGAACUGAAGUCAGCGCCGGCGUCUCGAAAAUAAAAAAAACAA